AUGGACUACCAAAAUCGCGCGGGCUCCAAGUUCGGCGGCGGCGGCGUCGCCUCGCACAGCGCCACCAAUGCGGACCGUCGCGAGCGGCUGCGGAAGCUGGCCCUCGAGACCAUCGACCUCGACAAGGACCCGUACUUCUUCAAGAACCACGUCGGCAGCUUCGAGUGCCGCCUCUGCCUGACGGUGCACCAGAACGACGGCAGCUACCUCGCGCACACGCAGGGCAAGAAGCACCAGACCAACCUCGCGCGGCGCGCGGCCAAGGAGCAGAAGGAGGGCAAGGCCCAGGUCGACCCGCAGACGGGCCUGCCGGUGGGCGUCGUGGGCGCCGGGUUCGGCGCGCUGGGGCUCGGGUCGGGCGCGGGCGGUGCGGGGGGCGUGCGCGACCCGGUCACGCGGCAGCAGGGCCUGCUCUUCCAGCUGCAGUACCCGGAGAUCGGGCAGGGCGCCACGCCCAAGUGGCAGAUCAUGAGCGCCUUCUCGCAGCGCGUCGAGGAGCCCGACAAGAACUUCCAGUACCUCCUCGUCGCCGCCGAGCCCUACGAGACCUGCGGCUUCAAGAUCCCCGCCCGCGAGCUCGACAAGCGCGACGACAAGCAGUUCGACUUCUGGGACCCGGACUCGCGCGAGUACUGGGUCCAGAUCAUGUUCAUGACGGAGCGAGAGGAGAGGUUUAAUGCCGCGCCGGGCCUCGGGGGCCGCCGGUAA